GUUAUAUUAUAUAUCUAAGGUGAGUGAAUUUAUAACUCAAUCGAGGACUCAAAAAGUCAAAGGGAUGAAUAGACCCUUUGCCAAGAGCCAUUAAAUCCCCACAAAACAUUGUGUUCUGCCUAGUGCUGCCUAGACUGCAAAGUUAAACUACCUGGAGACUUAAACUAGUUUAAAUACGUCGCUUUUCUAAACGACUCAAUGCACGAUAUCCAUGCCGAUAGCACACGGCCAUAUUACUCUCACUCGCAAACAACAAUGGGUUCAAUUACAACAUCCGUCAACCCCUUCCUCAUGUUCGAAGGCGACGCCGAAGCGGCCUUGAACUUCUACGUCCAAACAAUCCCAGGAUCCACUAUCAUCUCCAUUACGCGCUAUGGACCCGGGGAAGCAGGUACUGAAGGGAAGGUUUCCAUGGCCAGAGCGAACAUUGGGGGUUCCCUUGAGGUGAUGGCAAUCGACAGCUACGUGAAACAUGCCUUCAAGUUCACUCCUUCGCUGUCGUUGUUUGUUAAAUUUAACGAUGAACAUGGUGAAAAUGCGAUCGAUCGUAUUGUGGGUGCUUUGGGUGAAGGAGGUGAGGUACUUAUGUCGUUGGAUAACUAUGGGUUCAGCCGCCAAUUUGCGUGGGUGAAUGAUCGGUUUGGAGUAUCGUGGCAACUCAGUCUUGAAUGAAUUACUGGGGAGGAACUGAACAGGGGUAUACAGAAUGUCUGUAUUGGACUUGGUGGAGAUGUGAGAUUCCUUAUGCGCAGUCUACUAUUAGUGAUAGCCCUUAUUCACUUCCAAACUCCGUUUCCUGGACGGUGUGAUACGAUCAACAUCGAUCAAGCUAGCUCAUAUCGAACAUGACUACUGUCGGCUUCCUUUCUGCUACUUUCGCC